AAAAAAAAUGAACACAUGUAGUAAACAUGUACGAUAAAUCUCGUGAUUUUUGCGAAAAAAUUCUGAAAAACUCGUCGUAAAUUUGAUAAUUUCAAGUGAAUAAUCGAAUCGUUUGGAAGCAGUAAACGAUGAACUUGAGUGAAGUAUUCAAAUCACUGUAAAGAUGAAGUUUUCGUUCAAAUUUUCAAAUAUUUUGGGAGCGGUCUACCGCAAAGGCAAUGUAUUAUUUACUCCGGAUGGGAAUUCUGUAAUUAGUCCAGUUGGAAAUCGGAUAUGUAUCUACAAUUUGAAAAACAAUACUUCUUCAACUUUACCUGUUGAAAGUCGUUUCAACUACGAAUGUUUAGCUCUAUCUCCCUCAGGAAAUGUUUUGAUAGCUGUCAACGAAGAUGGCGAAGCCCAUUUAAUUACGAUGGUUACUAGAAGAGUAGUUUUCACCUACAGAUUUAAUGAAAAAGUACGCUGUAUUCGAUUCAGUCCCGAUGGAAAAUAUUUUGCUGUUUGUAAACUAAAUAAAGUUUUUCUGUAUCGAGCUCCCGAAAAUUGCUCUACUGAUUAUAGUGGUCAGUUUGUUCUCGAAAGAGUGUAUUCAGAUUUUGCUGACAAUACUACAUGUGUUGAUUGGACGAGCGAUUCAAGGGUAAUCGCUGUAGGUGCAAAGGAUGGUGUAACAAAAAUAUUUUCUGUUCCUUAUCUGGAUAAAUUUCGAAAUAAUACAAUAGCUGGACAUUCUGAUUCUAUUGUUGCUGUAUUUUUCGAAAAAGAUUCUCUGCAUUUAAAUACACUUAGUAGGAAUGGAGUAAUAUGCAUGUGGGAAUGUAACACAGAUUUAUCAGAUUUGAAAACAUGUGAAGUCAAAUAUGUUCGAAAGGAUAAAAUUGACGAUGAAGAUGAUAUUGAUCUCACCACAGGCGAAGAAAGAGACGAAGUUCUAUUGAAUGAAAAAACUGAACCAGAAAUUAAAGAAGAAUCUAAAGAAAGAAUGAGGUAUCAUUUGUGCCCGCCUAAAAGAUAUUUGAAUGAUUAUAACAAAUAUGAAAAACGUUGCUUCCUGACAACCUGCGAAUACCACAAAAACAGUCGUAUUCUUGUUGCUGGAUUCUCUAACGGAGCUUUCUUCAUUUUUGAGUUACCAGAAGUGACGCUUUUGCAUUCUUUAAGUAUAUCUGAAUCAAGUGUUUCAACCAUUGCUAUAAACAAUCUCGGUGACUGGAUUACAUUCGGAUGCGAAGGCCAAGGGCAAUUGUUAGUUUGGGAAUGGCAGAGUGAAACUUACAUAUUGAAGCAGCAAGCUCACAGUAGUCCAAUGUCCUGCUUGGAUUAUUCAGCUGAUGGCCUAUAUAUUGCUACUGGCGGAGAAGAUGGAAAAGUGAAACUAUGGAACACUCAGACGGGUUUUUGUUUCGUCACGUUCACCGAACAUACUUCUGUCGUAUCUGCUGUAAAAUUCGGUAAUAAUCGAAAAUUUCUCGUAUCUGCUUCUACCGAUGGAACGGUUCGUGCGUUUGAUAUGGCCAGGUAUCGAAAUUAUCGAACUUUUGCUUCGCCUAGACCAGUACAAUUUAGUUGUCUUGCGAUCGAUUCUGCUAACGAGUUUGUAGCUGCUGGAGCUCAAGACGUAUUCGAAAUAUAUUUGUGGUCUAUGAAAAUAGGUCAUUUGCUCGAGUGUUUAUCUGGUCACGAAGGUCCAGUCGUAAGCAUUGCAUUUACUCCAGUCUCGUCUAGUUCUUCAUUCGCAUCGAUAAGUUGGGAUAAAACACUCCGAAUAUGGAAUUCAUUAGAAUCGUCUCGAGAGCAUGAUACUGUUCAAUUACUCGCCGAAGGUCUUUGCGUCGCUUACCGUCCGGAUGGAAAAGAAAUCGCAGUAGCUUCUUUGGAUGGUCAGAUUUCGUUUUUCGAUCCGGCCAAAGGUGAACAAACUCACUCGAUUGAGGGUCGACAUGAUUUAGGCAGCGGACGAGCAGAAAGUGAUGUAAUUACUGCCAAAAAAAGUGAACAAGCAAAAGCUUUCACGACACUAUGCUAUUCCACCGAUGGAAAUUACGUUAUUGCUGCCGGUCAGUCGAAAAACGUUUGCAUUUAUCAUGUUUCUGAAGGAAUCCUCAUAAAAAAAUUCGAAAUAACACAGAAUCGUUCUUUGGAUGCAGUUGAUGAUAUUAUAAAUCGUAGAAAAAUGACAGAGUUUGGUAACAUAGACUUGAUAGAAAAGAGAGAAGCAAACGAAGGUGGAGACGUGAAAUUGAAAUUGCCCGGAGUAGCUAAAGGAGACAUGGCUGCGAGAUCAUUCAAACCAGAAGUUCGCGUGUACGAUGUUUCCUUCUCUCCGACAGGUUUGGCAUGGUGCGCAGCAACAACUGAAGGAGUACUGAUUUAUUCUUUAGGCGCGAACGAUGUAUUUGAUCCAUUUCAUUUAGAUAUGGAUGUAACUCCUGAGUCAAUUAAAAACACCUACCUUCAGAAAGAUUACUCCAAAGCAUUAAUAAUGGCUUUGAAAUUGAACGAAUCUGAAAUUGUUCAACAAGUGGUUGAAAGUAUUCCACCUGACGAUAUUGAAUUAUGCAUCAAAUCUUUACCAAAAAUCUUCAUCGAUAGAUUAUUAAAAUUUAUAUCAGUAUUUGUGGAAAACUCUCCUUUGAUUGAAUACUAUCUCAUAUGGGCUGAACAUCUGCUCAACGCUAAUAAUGCCUCCAGUACAUGCCAUCCUUCAAUUUUACUUACGUUACAUCGAAACUUGAAAAAGAAAUACGACGAUUUAAUGAAAGUUUGUGAUUUUAAUAAGUACACGAUGCAGUUUAUUCAGAAAAUGGCAUCUAGGAAGAAAACAACUUGCAAUGCAAGUACGCUCAAUGAAGUGAUGGAUAUUAGCGACAUCGAUGACGAAGUCAUGUCAACAAAUGAAGAUAGUUACCAAGAAUUAGAAAUCAAAGAAGAAAAUGAAGGCAGUUGAUGUAUAACUUCAAUAAAAAUGUUUUUUACUUA